AGCUGAAAUGUGCGAUGACUGACUGUUUUUGGUUUUUGCCUCAGGGUGAUCUUGACUCCGAGACAACACUGCUGUCCACAUGCAAAUAGGUAGAAAAAAAGCUGCAUUUACAAUAGCAGAGGAAGCUAAACUUUCCUGUCCGGUCUGACUGUGCAACACACCCCAUUCUUGGCUCUGAUUGGAUGCCGCGAAGAAUUUGCAUAUAGGCUGCUGCGCACACAAGCCUCUGCACCCACAGCAGUAAAGAAUCCAGGAGUGAGCAGGGUUCUUUACGUGUAUAAGAAAGAUGGAGAAAUCUGAAAAAGAGUUUUCUACCACAAAUGAGAUGGAAAAUUUCCUUCAACCUAUGACACAUGAAGUAGCCGUGAAUCAGAGACGUCAUGCUAAUCCGCAGCGUGAUAAAGGAGCACCGACCUGCUACAUGGACGCAGACUACCUCCACCACAGCCUGUGCAGAGGUGAACAAGCAAGCCAGGAACUCAGGACGGAGUCGACUGGUGUUGCGCCGCACGUCGAUUUGACGCAGCACAGAGGACCAGAAGGUAGAGGGGCGACUUCUGCCAGGAUGAACCUCCAUCAUCAACCUCCUCAACGCUGUGAUCCUCCUCCUCCUCCUCCUCCUUCUCCUCCUCCUCCUCCAGAAAGCCUGCCGAGAGACACGAAGGGAGAGUGCUCUUGUUGGAACUGUGGACCGAAGCAAUAUGGAACAACACAACCUGCAAAUACAGACAGAAGCAGAGCCGAGGAAGAAUACAGUUCUCAUCUUCAGAGUGAAGCAGAAGUGGAACUUGAGGCUCCUUUGCCUCUAAAAGCCGACAAUGAGUGGCAACACUACAGUCCAUCUUUACUUCCUCACAACUACAUGCACAACUAUGGAAAAGGUUGGUUGAAUCUCAGCCCAGUCAACGGAUACCCACCUCAUCCAUGUUACCAAUCAGCUCCCUGUCAGCACAAAGGUCCCUGGAGUUACCUUCAAAACUGCAUCCAACCACAUGGCGGCUUUAUGUACGACAGAGUGGCUCAGGGAAGCGUCUCGGUGAACGUGCCCCAGUUCUCCACUCCUCCGGUGGAAGGUGUUUCGCAGGUCAGAGUGCUGAACCUGAACACGGCAGGAGCAGAGGAAUCUGGCUCACAUCCACAAGACAAAAGAAAGACUAUCAGUCUCCCCGAUGAGUGCCGAAACGUUUUCAUAACUUACUCUUCGGACUUGUCCUCAGAGAUGAUGCCCUUCGUGGACUUUCUCACCAAGCAAGGCUUUCGACCAGCUAUUGAUCUAUUCGACAACCCCGUUAGACUCAUGGACAUCAACAAGUGGAAGGACAGCUACCUAAAGGAUCCAUCCACCCUGAUUAUCAUCGCCAUCAGUCCGAAGUAUAAGUCAGACAUUGAAGGAUCUGUAGUGGACAGCCACGGUCUGCACACUAAAUAUAUCCACUCAAUGAUGCAAAAUGAAUUCAUCCAACAAGGCAGUCUGAAUUUCAGAUUCAUCCCUGUUCUCUUCCCCAAUGCAUCUCAGAAUCAUGUCCCGUGCUGGCUGCAGAACACGCGUGUUUACCGCUGGCCGCAAGACGCAGAGGAUUUGUUACUGCGGUUGUUGAGGGAGGAGCGAUACGUCCCUCCUCCUGUACCCGUGGAGCUCACCCUCAUCAUCAGGCCUGUGACCACGAGUGCUGCUGCAGACACGCUGUGAAAACUCACGCGAGUCUGUGCAUGUGCUUGGCGUCUGAACAUGUUCUAUAGAGACACUGAGUAGCUUGUGUGUUUUCAUAUCACUGACGGUUUUGAAUUUUUGUCACGUCUGAAUAAAGUCUUUUCUCCAUGUAA